AUGAUCGGAGCGAUCGCCACCGGCGCCCUCCUUUUCAUCUUCCUGGCCUACGCCAUUCCCCACUUCAUCGUGGCCUGGUUCUACAAGACCAAGAACCUGAAGAAGGCCUACAAUGCAGAGUGGGCGCUGGUCACCGGCGCCAGCAGCGGCAUCGGCAAGUCGAUCGCACGCAAGCUGGCCGGGCAGGGCCUGAGCGUGGUGCUGGUGGCUCUGGGGGAUGACCUGCUGGAUGCCACACACAAGGAGCUGAGCGAGCAGUACCCGCGGGUCACCUUCAGAAAGGUGGGCGUCAACCUGGGCAAGCCCGGCUACAUGGACGCGAUCGCCAAGCAGACGCGCGACAUCGACAUCCAGGUGGUGUUCUGCAACGCUGGCUACGUGCUCACCGGCUUCUUUGUGGACGUGCCCGCCGACCAGCAGAUGUGCAACCUGGAGUGCAACGCCGUCAGCGCGGUGCAGGUCACACACCUGCUGCUGGGCCGCAUGCGCGCCAAGAAGCUGCGCGGCUGCUUUGUGUACACCAGCUCGGCCGCCGCCAUGAUCCCCAACCCCUUCAGCGUACUCUACGCCUCGACCAAGUCAUUCCUUUCGGCCUUUGGCGCCUCGCUGGCGGCCGAGGUGCGGCCGCACGGCAUCGACGUGCUUGUCUUUCACCCCUCCCCCGUGGCCACCCGCUUCUACGACAAGGCAAGCCUUCUGCCGCUGCCUUGCCACGCCCACAAGCUGGACGCUAUGGAGUUCUUUAAGAAGUUUGCGGUUGACCCAGAGGAGCUGCCAGACACGGUGUUUGCGUCCAUCGGCCGCAUGGUGUGGCGCGACGUGGGGCCCACUGCUAUCUGCUUCCGCCUGCUCAUGAAGCUCGUGGACUACAACCUGAUGGCGUUUGCGACGGCGGUGUUUGCGCCCUACAUGGCCGACUUCAAGCGGUACGCCAAGAAGGACGGAUGA